UAUAAACCAAAGCAGAGACCAAGACAGUACCGUGGAAACCUCUGGUUGGUCGCACUCGCACCCUCUCCUCUCCACAGCAACACCCACCUUAUCGUCAUCCUCAGUUCAUCACCAAGAAACAUCACCAACGCCUUCCACACCGCCGUCGACAUGGCUUCUCAAGAGGAGAAGACGAGUGUCAAGACAGAGGAGCCUUCCCCGGCGGAGGAGCAACAGCCUGCAUCCGGGACACGCAGGGCCGGGCCGUCAGCGCCGGCGGGAGCUCCGGUCAACCCGUUUGACUUCUCAACCAUGAUGAACCUUCUCAAUGACCCUAGCAUCAAGGAGAUGGCGGAGCAGAUCGCCAAGGACCCGGCGUUCACGGAGAUGGCGGAGCAGCUGCAGAAGACGGUAGCGUCCCCGCGUCAGGCGCCGGCGCCGGAGGCGGUGGCGCUGGACCCGCAAAAGUACGUUGCCACGAUGCAGCAGCUGAUGCAGAACUCUCAGUUCGUGGCGAUGGCGGAGCGCCUUGGCAGCGCGCUCAUGCAGGACCCCGCCAUGUCCACCAUGCUCGGCGGGCUCACCAACCCGGCGCAAAAGGAGCAGCUGGAGGCCCGCGUCGCGCGGAUGAAGGAGGACCCCACCCUCAAGCCCAUCCUCGACGAGAUCGAGACCGGAGGCCCCGCCGCCAUGAUGAAGUACUGGAACGACCCUGAAGCUCUGCAGAAGUUCGGGCGGGCGAUGGGCGUCGGCCCCUCGGGCGAGGCCGCCGGCGCCGGCUCAGAGCACGCCGAGGCGGAGGAAGAAGCCGGGGAGGAAGGCGAGCACGAGGACGAGUCCAUCAUCCACCACACCGCUAGCGUCGGCGAUGCAGAGGGCCUGAGGAAAGCCUUGGAGGAGGGGGUGGACAAGGACGAGGAGGACUCGGAAGGCAGGAGAGGCCUGCACUUCGCGUGCGGAUACGGCGAGCUGGAAUGCGCGCAGGUUCUCCUGGAGGCGGGCGCGGCUGUGGACGCGGUGGACAAGAACAAGAACACCGCGCUGCACUACGCCGCCGGAUACGGCCGCAAGGACUGCGUCGCGCUCCUGCUCGAGCAUGGCGCCGCCGUGACGUUGCAGAACCUGGACGGGAAGACGCCCAUCGACGUGGCCAAGCUCAACAACCAGGAGGACGUCCUCAAGCUGCUCGAGAAGCACGCCUUCGUAUAGACGCCGUCGUCGUCGCCUCCUAGCUGCUGCAUGUUUUCUCUCAGCUUCCCUCUGCUCUGCCUCCCUAUGAGUUCUCAGUUCUCUCUCGAAAGAAGUUUCUUCAGUUCGGUGUAUGUAUUGAGAGUAUGCCAGAUUUUGCUUGCGUAAUUACGGUGGGGAUUGGGUUCCCAGAUGGUUGUUGCAUUGCUACUCUAUUGAUCGUUCAAGAGUUUGGGAAUAAGGAAUAAUUUUCCACUUCA